GUCCCACGAUGGGUUCGUCACUCAGGACGACGGGUUCCUUGAAGCCACACCCGGCUCACAAUACGCCAGCCAGAAGAAAGUCUUUGCCGACCUCGGCCAGGGCGUCCUUGACAACGCUUUCGAAGGUUACAACUGCUCCUUGUUUGCGUACGGCCAGACUGGCUCAGGGAAAUCUUACUCCACAUUCGGCUAUGGCUCCAACAAAGGUAUCGUGCCAACCACAUGCGAUGAGUUAUUCAAGGCGAUUGACGGUAACAAAGAUGACAACAAGCGCUUUGAGGUGACCUUGUCCAUUCUGGAGAUCUACAAUGAACAGGUGCGUGAUCUAUUAUCAAAAGACAACCCCAAGGGCGGUUUGCAGGUGCGCCAGAAUCCUUCCUUGGGAAUGUUUUACGUACAAGACUUGAAGAAAGUCCCCGUUGGCAGCUACGCAGAAAUAGUAAAGCGAAUGGACCAAGGCACGUCAAACCGUACAGUCGCCUCUACCAACAUGAACGCGACGAGCAGUCGCGCCCACACCCUGGUCACUAUCGUGUUUGACCAGAUCAUCCGCAACAACGCAGGGCAAGAGACGAAGAAGACGAGUAUCAUGAACCUUGUGGACUUGGCGGGCUCAGAGAGGGCAGACUCUACGGGGGCAACUGGGGACAGGCUGAAGGAGGGAGCCAACAUCAAUCGAUCUCUGUCUGCUUUAGGGAACGUCAUUUCGGCGCUCGCCGAACAGUCGAUGGGCAAAAAGACUAUGGUCAAGUACCGCGACUCUGUACUCACAAAGCUGCUGCAAAACGCUUUGGGUGGGAACAGCAAAACGUUGAUGAUCGCCGCUCUGUCGCCCGCUGACAUCAAUUAUGACGAGACACUGUCCACUCUGCGGUAUGCUGACCGUGCAAAGAAGAUCAAGAAUCAGGCAGUCAUCAACGAGAACCCCAUGGACAAGAUGAUUAGAGAACUCAAGGAGGAGAACGACAAGCUCAGAAAGGCACUGGAGGCCGGAGGAACUAUCCCCAUGGACGGGAUGGGUCAGUUGAGCCCAGAAGAGGUGGAUAAGAUGCGUCGUCAGAUGGAGGAGGAGAUCCGUGCCCAGCUGGUGACCAACCAACAGAUGCUGAGUGACAGCGAGCAGACUUGGGACGAAAAGUUGUCGGCUGCUCGACACGAGACGGAGGCGUUUGCCAAAGAGGAGUCUCGCGAGAUGUCCAAGAAGAACGUAGACCCGCACCUGAUGAACCUCAACGAGGACCCCAUGCUCUCGGGGGUCGUCUUCCACUUCCUGUCAGAGCAGACGACUGUCAUUGGCCGAAAGGACGGGAAUCCUGAUGUGGUUCUUAAUGGACUCAGCAUACAGAAGAAACACGCUGUGUUCACAAACGAGGGCGGCGAAGUUAGCGUGAAGCCAGGCUCAGACGGGGCCAAGAUCCGGGUGAAUGGCGUGCCCAUCACAGGUUCACGGGUACUCGAGCAUAUGGACAGAGUUAUCUUUGAACAACAAAUCGUCCAGGAACAGAUCCUAGAGAUCUUGCCUAUGGUCUCAGAGGUGAACGCAGUCUCGGAAGAGUUAAACAAACACAAGUCCUUUGAGGUGGUCCUCAUCUCCGCCGCGGCCCAGGAGCAGGCAGAGGGGAAGAGCGAGACAGGAUCACAGGAGGACUCCUUGUAUAAUGCAAAGGUGAUGGUGAAGAUGAAGAACCUGCUCAAUGGCAACACUUGGCUAUGGGAGAGAGGCAAAUUCAUGAACAGGAGGUACCUCAUACAGGAAAUGUAUCAACGUUACCUGGAUGGUGAAGAUGUUCUCUCCAUUGCCAAAGAGCAGGAUCCUUUCUGGGAGCCAACAGAGGAUGUUCUCAUUGGUACAGCCAACGUGUUCCUACAGGAGUUACGUCAAAUGGAACAGAUCGGCUCCUCCGACGAGCACGGUCGUAGAAAAUCUGUGUUUGCCGCCGAGCCCCAGACACAUGACCACUCCCACCUGAAGACUGAACUAGUGCUCAUGCAGAGGAAGUACGAGCGCCUUGCACAGAAGGAAAGGAGGAUGAUGCAACUAUGCGACGAGUGGGGCAAAAAGCCACCGGAAGAGCAGCAGUUCGACCCGUUUUUCCGGGCGGUGUCCGCUGUGGCUCACAGCACUGGGACCAGGCUCAAGACCAGGGUGCAGCUCCUCAACCAGGUUUUAGCUUUGCAAAAGCAAAGAGAAAUGGAAUCUUCUGCCUCAAACUCAAAUGAGAAUGACGAAGAUACGGUCAGCCUUUUCGUCUUCGGCGAGGAGGAGGAAGACUUAGCCAAGGAAGCGGACAAGGCCAAUGGCGUCAUUGAGUACAAUAAAGUGAAAAAUCACCAUUUCCCCAUAGAAAAAUCGUCUGUUCACUUCAACCAUGAUGGACGAGCUGCAAAUGGCGGCCACAAGCAGGCUGUAAAAGGAUCCAACGGCAAAGAGAAAAGCGGAAGUUCCGCUUGCACUAUCAUGUAAAAUGGACGAGGAGGGCAUUUCUAAACGCACCGUUGACUUCCCAUGCCUUCAGACGAACGGAACAAAAAGUGAACUGCUGGUCAGUCUACUGAGAACACAACGGUUGGUCACAAGAAGACAGAACAUGAAAUGCAACUGGAGUUUAUUUGUUUUAUUGUCUGGGUUUUCUUUUUUGCGGGAUUUGUUUUUCCUAUAUUUUUUCCCUCUUUGACAUGAUUAUUCUAGCUUUACGCUCUCGUAAUAUACAAAAGAUUGAGGGGUUUUUUUCUCCAUUUUCAACUGAUAAAGCUCUAUUGGUACAUAAAGAAGGUUACAAAUUUCAGAGUAUUGAAGAGGAGUAUUGUUUUCCGGCCUAACCAACCCCUCCUGCUUGUUGUGAGGAAUAUUCAUCUAGACAGGUGACUUUUAACACACUCACACAAAACAAAUCAGAAAGCGGCGAAACGCAUCUUAUUGGAAUACAUGAUUCUGAAAGUUUGUACAAAGGCUUUUUGCAAUAUAACAGCUGAUUGCGGGAAUUGAACUUUAUUCUUUAACGUUUAGCGUAAUACGUAGGCCUACAUGCCAUGAUGAACUUGCACAGAAGAAGCCUUAACACGAUUUACUGCUUGUAUUGUCCUGUUUGUUUGUUUGUUGUUGUGUUUUUUUUGGGGGGGGGUUGUUUUUUUAUAAUGACAAAAAUCCGCUGGAUCAGAUGUAUAAACUCGUUUAGAUCCAAAGCAAAAAUUUUAAAAGUUGCUUUUGUCCGAGUGACAUCGGUAGUUAGUGGACACAUAAUCGUGAGAUCGGAUUCCGGAGUUCAAGUCUCAGUUCGGUCCCGUGUCGAGUUGUGUGGAAAGUCAUUUAACAUCGUUUUUUCUCACUGGGCUCGGUCUUAUCAAAGAUGGACGUUAAAUCUGAGGUUUAUCAUCUUAUAACAUAGAUAGUACAUGUAUACAUUAUGUCUUCAACGCAUGCCGACACAAACUAUACACGUAUUUUGGUUGUAGAAUCUAGCCGGUAGUAAAGCCCAUAUAGCACAACAGACUGAGAAUUCAUCAAAAUGAUCCUUACUAUGCUGUCAUAGCACUGUGCAAUACGAAGAUAAUAGCAUUUACUUCAUCGUUCUCUUUUUUCCCCUUUAAUUAAGUUCAAGCAGCUGACGUUACACAUGUGAAUCUACUGCUGCGCCGUCAAAUGAUCAUUGAUUUGAUGAGUACUCCGUCCUUUCUCUCGAUAUAACUUUGUUUAUCAUUAUGCACGAUACCGUCCUUAUUAAGAUGAGAAAAGUAUACAUUUAUAAUAUACACCGACUGGCCAUGGAACAAAUGCUUUAUGAUAAUACAUUAUCUUUUUUAUUCUUAAAAGGUAGAGUUUCAGCCAUCAUGCGAUAUCUUGAAAUAUGUGAUUUCUUUUUCUUAAUCUUAUGUCCAUUUUUUGGAAGUGUCAGUACGUUUGUAUUUUUACCGGUAUUGCUUAAUUCUGAUGAAACAAAACCAAGAUAAUUCGAGUGACAAAGUUUGAGGCACAGUAUACUUAUUUUCUUUUGAAUUGUUGAUAUUGAUAUCCCAUAGACAGGAGUGCCAGCCUAAUGUUCAUUGAUGACAUGAAAUGUGACUUACUUUGAACUGUACCAAUUUCUUUUUAUUUCGACACUUAACCAAUGUUUUCAGAGGGAUUGGGGGAAGACUGCUGAUUCACCAAUAUUUUUCAUAAAAGAAUUAAAACUUCAGUCAGGCUUGUUGUAAUGCUAAUGUUAUAUGAUACCACUGUCCCUUUUGCUACCUUGUGGCAAACUGUUCCUUUUUAUGCAAAGAUGUGUUUUAAUUAUGUCGCUUAAGAUUGCAUUUUAUUAUAAUGUUAACUCGUAAUGAUGAUUUAAGCCUACAAUGACCUUUCUUGUUUAAGACUUGUUGGAAUUUUACCAAAACUUUCUGUUUCCUUCCGUGAGCACUAGAAUCUUAACUUUGAAAAUUAAGUCGCUUACGCCUUGUUUUGUUGUUGGGGUUUUGUUUGUUUUUUUGGUUGGGGGGGGGGGGGACACAACUAAACACGGUUUACUUUUUUUAUUAUCUUAUUUCGAUAAUGAAUCUAGAAUCUAGCAGAGAUGGAUUUGUUUCUUUGAUAAGAUCAAAUUAUCAAUCAAUUGACAAUUGAUAAAAGAUGAAUAAUGUGGAGGUUCUACUCGAACAGCUGGGUGGGCCACGGGUUCGUUUUUCAUAAGCUCUGUAAAAGUAUUCCCUCAGGAUCUGUUUGUUGGUUUCAUUUGGAGAAGGGGGGGGGGGGGGCGGGGGGCGAGCUAUGACAUAAAUGGUUAUGUAACGUAUUUCGCUUCAGUUUGGUGUUGAUUAAUGUCCUUAAUUUUAAAACUCAUAAUUCGAGUAAUGUGUUCUCCGUGCGAUAUCCACUAAUAAUACUAAUAUAAUCCAACAGCCUGUGAUAUAUCCUGUUCUAUACAUGUUGCAACUACAGACUUCCUCAUUGAGUGGGUCUUUUCCUUUGAAUUUAGCGUCGAUGAAUCGCUGUUUCUGCUUAAAUUAAAGUGAUAUUUUUCCCCCUGUCGGUACGAUCCGGCAUUUGCUGUUCGGACGGAUUUCAGGACGAAACCAAAAACUGUUUUUUGUUCAUUUAUUUUAUUUUUUAAUAAUGACAGCCCUACCAUUGUUGGAAAAUUGCUUGGUACUUAUUUUCUUUUCUUUUUUUCUUUUUUAAAUUUGGGGUGGGGGUGGGAGGGGGGGGGGAUUAAAGUUAGCUGCAGCUGCUACAAGUACAAGUAUUUUAUGAAGUUAUAAUUAUUAAUCCUUUCCUCAUUUCUUUCAUUUGUCCAUUAUGCGGAUAGACCCUACCUCUUGUUUACUUAAUUUGUAAUACUACAACUUCCAACAUUCUGGUUAGGACGGAUUUUUUUUUUUAUGAACAUUGUCAAUUACAGAGUUUUGUUACUUUAUGAAAUUAUAUAUUUUUUCUUUAAUAUUAUUU